UAGUCAUCUUUAUCGUUGAGUUUCUCGUAAGGAGUACGCGAUAGCAUCAAUGAUAAUUCAAUGUUUCAUUGAUUAUCUUUGCAAUAAUAUACAAACAUCUCACAUGACAGAUAGUAUUCUGAGAGCGAUUUCAUGAGAAUAUGUCUAAAAUAGUUCUGUUCAUUAUUCUAUGUUGAAUUAAUCUGUGUUUUCGCUUUUCUCGAAAUAAAUUGAUAGGCAUUUUAAACAAAACAUGAAACAUGCAAUCAAAUGUACUGACUUGCAGUAAAGUGCAAGAAACAAAAUUGGUGAUUUAGAUUGAAUUCAUCUCAUUUGGGGGAAAAUAUACGAAAUGACUAGAAUUCUAAAAAUAUUAAAAGACACAUUCUUAAAUCGACCAUAUAUUUGUAUGAAAAUGACAAAUGUGACAGAAAUCGGAAUUGUUGAUAAACCAAAAUUCUAUUCACAUGACUAGAAAUCGUCACAUGCCAUGCUUGCGAGUUGAUAAGAAAUCAGGAAUUCAUUGCAAUUUCUGCAUUUUUCCUUAGUUUCUUAAUAUCCAAAAUAGUCGAUUUUCGUAUAAAUACCAGGUGUCCCUUGAUCAACAAUCCAAUCUAGUUCUCAUAGCAGAAAGCAGCUCGUGUCUCUUCAAAAAAUUCAAAGAAAAAAUCAUUCAAAAAUGAUUCGUUCAGUGGUUUUUGUACUGUUUAUUUCAAUUGCUCUUACGCAAUGUUCACCACCAAACAAUAAAAACCCACCAUUGAAAUUGAACAAGUUGAUAAAAACCAAUUCAGCACAUGGAAAGCCGUUCGGAAGUGUACAGAAUCACGCUACACCCUUUGAUGUUAUGAAAUUAAACAUUAAAAACGUCAUUCCUUAUUAUGAGGAAUUGGAAUAUGCAUUUGGAGAGCGAGUGGAAGGUGAUGGACCAGUAGGAGUAUCUACGGAAAUCAACUUUUUCGAAAACGAGCAAGAUAUUGAUGUGAUUGCUGCAUAUCCCAACACUGGAUCCGGCAAAAUUACUGUUACUUAUGUUGAAGUUCAAGUCCUCCAGGAUACAACGGACGGAAAUGUCGAAAUUUCACAAGGUGGAAUAAGUCAGCAAGAAAUUGGAGUUAAAGUCGUAGCCAAACAGACUAAAGUUAUUGCAUACCAUGUUGUUGUCUAUGGAAUCUUGAAUUAAAAAUUUAGCGCACUACUUCAGUAAUUAUAUACAUUGGAACCUCGAAGAGGACACUCGAUAUAACAUGUUUUAUAAUUGGUCGUAUUAUAUGUAUUUAAUGCCAAUUUUUAUCUAACCAUAUUCAAUGAACAAUAAAUAAACUAUGGCUUGCAAAUGAAAAA